AUUUUCUACAAAAAUAUAGAAUUUAAAUACGCUUGAGAGAGAGAGAGAGAGAGAGAGAGAGAACGAUAUGCUGUAUGUGUGAUUCUUUCUAUAGAAUAAUCUUCCAGUAUAGAAAAAACUUAUGCUGAAGAAUUUACCAAAAAAAAGAAUGAUCUACUCAAAGAAUUUUGCUCGAAACUUUCGAAAUUAUUUCAUAUACUAGCUAUACUCGAGAGAGAAAGAGAGAGAUUUCCUUUUAUUCUUACGUUUUCUCUUGUAGUUAAUAUUCCUGUUAAUGCUAAAUGGGCACAGAAUGGAGUGACUAUUGCUGGAGGUAAUGGGUUGGGUAGUGCCACUAAUCGAUUCAACCGCCCUCUUGGUCUCUUCGUUGAUGAUGAUCAAACAGUGGUUAUUGCUGACAACCAGAAUCAUCGUAUCAUGCAAUGGAAUAACGGUGAUACAACGAAUGGACAAGUUAUUGCUGGUGGUAAAGGCCAAGGAAAUGGAUUACAUCAAUUGAAUAAUCCAACUGAUGUAUUAAUUGACAAAGAGACCGAUAGUCUCAUUAUUUGUGAUCGAGACAAUCGACGAGUUGUACGAUGGUCUCGUCAUAGUGGUACAACACAAGGGGACGUGCUCAUCGACAACAUCACCUGUGCAGGAUCAGCAAUGGAUGAGCAGAGAUAUCUUCACGUUUCUGACGAAGGAAAACAUGAAGUAAGACGGUAUCAAUUUGGUGAGAAGAAUGGCACUCUCGUAGCUGGUGGUAAUGGUAAAGGUGAUGGACUCAAUCAACUCAACAGGCCGACAUAUCUCUUUGUCGAUCGACAACAAAAUGUCUACGUAUCAGACAGAGCCAAUAAUCGUGUAAUGAGAUGGAAUAAAGGUGCAAAAGAAGGCAUUGUGGUUGCUGGAGGACAAGGUGAUGGGAAUGCUCUGACACAAUUGUCUAAUUCUGAAGGAAUCUUCGUUGAUACGUUGGGUACACUCUAUGUAGCAGACGAUAGGAAUCAUCGCGUAACGCGCUGGACUCAAGGAGGCAAGAAACAAGGCAUUAGAAUUGUGGGUGGAAAUGGUUCAGGAGCAGGAGCAAAUCAGUUCAACGGCCCCAGGGAUUUGUCUUUCGAUCGACAUGGUAAUCUCUAUGUCGCCGAUCAUUGGAAUCAUCGUGUUCAACGAUUUUCUAUCGAAUAA